AUGGCUAUGAGGAGCGAUGCCCGAGUGGAGGCUGAGGCGGUGGAAGAGGAGGAGAGCUUUGGGCCACAGCCUCUGGCCAGACUGGAGCAAAGUGGGAUCAGUGCGAGUGACAUCAAGAAGCUGGAGGACGCCGGGUUCCACACCAUCGAGGCUGUGGCCUACGCCCCCAAGAAAGAACUGAUCACCAUCAAGGGCAUUAGUGAGGCCAAGGCAGACAAGAUUAUUACGGAAGCAGCCAAACUUGUGCCAAUGGGUUUCACCACAGCCACAGAGUUCCACCAGCGACGAGCAGAGAUCAUUCAGAUUUCUACUGGCUCCAAGGAACUGGACAAGUUGCUACAAGGUGGCAUCGAGACCGGGUCCAUCACUGAGAUGUUUGGAGAGUUCCGCACUGGAAAAACCCAGCUCUGUCACACUCUGGCUGUAACAUGUCAGCUCCCGAUCGACCAAGGCGGAGGAGAAGGUAAAGCCAUGUACAUCGACACUGAGGGCACCUUCAGACCAGAGCGGCUGCUGGCUGUGGCUGAGAGGUACGGCCUGGUUGGCAGUGACGUGUUGGACAAUGUGGCGUACGCUCGGGCCUUUAACACGGACCAUCAGACGCAGCUGCUGUACCAGGCGUCGGCCAUGAUGGCAGAGUCCAGAUACGCGCUGCUGAUCGUGGACAGUGCCACGGCUCUGUACAGAACAGAUUACUCCGGCCGCGGUGAGCUGUCUGCGCGACAAGGACAUCUGGGCCGUUUCCUGCGGAUGCUGCUGCGGUUGGCGGACGAGUUCGGCGUGGCCGUGGUUAAAUUCGGCGUGGCCGUGGUCAUCUCAAACCAGGUGGUCGCACAGGUGGACGGAGCGGCCAUGUUCUCUGCAGAUCCCAAAAAACCAAUUGGAGGAAACAUUCUGGCUCAUGCCUCCACCACUCGCCUCUACUUAAGAAAAGGUCGUGGAGAGACCCGGAUAUGUAAGAUCUACGACUCUCCGUGUUUACCGGAGGCUGAGGCCAUGUUUGCCAUCAACCCAGACGGGGUCGGAGAUGCCAAGGACUGA